CCACACGUUCCUUCGCCCAUCCUGUUCGCCACUCGCCGACUUCUUCACAAGAUGUCUUCCGCUGUAAAAUCCGACCCCAACUGCAUUUUCUGCAAGAUCAUCGCAGGUCAAAUCCCCUCAAUGAAGCUCUACGACUCCGACAAGACCUACGCCUUCCUAGACAUCGGUCCCAUUGCCCCCCGUCACGCCCUCGUCAUCCCGAAGUACCACGGCGCGAAGUUGCACGACAUCCCCGACGAGCACCUUGCCGAAAUCCUCCCCGUAGCACGAAAGAUUGCUCUAGCAGCAGGGGCAGAGGAUUACAACAUCUUGCAGAAUAACGGCAGGAUUGCCCAUCAGGUGGUGGAUCAUGUGCACUUUCACUUCAUUCCGAAGCCGAGCGAGAAGGAGGGGUUGGGAGUGGGUUGGCCAACGACUAAGCCUGAGAAGGAGGAGUUGCAGAAGAUUUAUGAGGAGCUCAAGCAGAAGCUUUGAGAGUGGUUCAGCAACCUGCUAACAUUUGAGUGAAUUACGGUGCAAUCCAUACCAUAGCGCAUCCUAAUGGUUGACUGCUCUGCUUGUGUUGUGACCCGCCGUUGAUGAGCAGGAGAGCAAAGACCACAACUGAGUGAUGCGAGGAGAGACAGUAUCUGUCAACGCACUGUGAGCAGGAGGAAGGGAAGAGAGCGCACACAACGUCUGGCCUUGGCAAGGUAUUCUCUUCAUUGGUAGCAGUCAUCUCUGCGAUUGGCUCAAGGGGUAUCGGGUUUCAAGAGCUGGCUCCAGAAGACGCUACCUGCCUCCGCUAUUCUCCCCCGCCUCUAAUCUCUC